UUGAGGUAAUGAAAACUAAACAUAUUAGUUACUGUCAGAAGUCAAUUUCAUAUUUCAAUUGCUACUUAUUUAAGCGCAAUACAAUUAAUAAAAUAAAAUUAGACGUUUUAAGCUAUUAUCACAAUGUAUUCUCCUUUGCAGUGAAAUGAUUACAUGCUUGUGGAAGCCAUUGAAUUCUUGCCCAAAGAAAGCAAUUGAAAUUUUAUUGAAGACAAUGAUUAUGGCUGUGAAUGGAGUUACAACGAUGGAGUUGUAUAUUCCAGAUGAUCUUCCAAAUUUCCACAAAAGUAUUCUCAAUGUUCACCCUAUUAGUAGGUGUGAAAGUCAUCAUAUAAGGAUUUGGAUUAAGGAUAUAAAUAUAUGUAUUUUCCGCACGAUCAGACCACUUCAAGAAAAUUCAUUACGAAGAAUUCUGAAAGUCACUACGUAUUGCAUUGGAAAAACUCGCCCUUCAAAUUGCCAUAUACAAAGAUAUUCCGAACUUGAAAAAAUUUCAAAUGAAGUAUUUGAAAACAUCAGAAACAUUCUAACAGAAAAUAGUUCAUAUUCGAACUUAAUUUCAAAUGACAGGGGAGAUAUUAUAGAAGAUAUACGAAGACAGGAAGGAAAGAACUUUUUAUCUGAUGAGAUUGGCUACUAUCACCUGCCCAAAAAGAGCACUAUCAACAAAAUAAAAUAUAAAUAUUCCAACAAAUUUUUUGAAGAUGUUAGAAUGAACAAGAUUACGAGAAACCGACUGUCCAAAGAAACAAAUAAAUGCUUUCUAAAUACUGAUAUGGAAAUGAUGAAAAAUUGCACUUACGAUAUGUAUCUGUAUUCAAUUGGCCUGGAAAUUUCAAAACAAGAGCAUUUGAAACAAACUUUUCUAGACGUUAAAGAAUGCUUCCGUGACCAUUUCAAAUAUUGCCAAGAUUGGAUAGCUGAUAAAGUAAUUAAAAUCCAUGCAGAAAUAAUAAGGGUCACAAUACCAUCUGAUUUCUUAUCGUCGCCAAUAACAUUUCAGAAUGGUUACAUCACCUGUCCCUCACUUCUGAAUCAAAAUAUCUGAAUCUUGACCUGAAAGCAUCCAUUUGGAGGGGUUUUUUUUCAUCCACCAAUAUUGUGUGAUAAAAAGUUCCAUGAGUUCUCAUUUGUAUUUUACAUGCUUAAAAAUAAAGAUCAUGAAUAAUA